CAGAAAACAAAACAAGAUUGUGCAAAGGUGUUUGUGGGGUGGAGGGUGGGGAGGAGGCGUGGAGGGUUGAAGGGGAGGAUGUCCUGGAAACAGGAGACUGGCCCGGAAAGGAAGCAGGAAGUCACGGAAACCGAGACCCAGCUUUUUUCCUCGGGCUGUUUUCUAGCUGAGUCUCUAAGGCCGGGGUGGGGGGGGGCGCUCCUCUGUCCCGCCCCUUUGGAGCAUCCUCUUGCUCUGGGAGGAACGUGAAUUCAGUCCAGUCCUGGGUUUGGGGUCACCCUUCCUCUUAGGACAUCUGUACUACCCAGUCUCCUUGUACCCGCCAAGGAGGGCGACCAACGACCGAUGGAGGGCAACAGGGCAGGGGCUGGUGGACCCCAGCAGCAGUCUAAUCCUCCUGUUGAAUUCCCAGUAGAUUCGGUACAAGUUUAGCGGCAGGGAAAAAAAAAAAGAUUUUUCUUUUAAACAUCGUUUGAUAUAUCGAAAAGAGCAUCAGGGAGCCAUCGCGGGAGAGCCGAAACGUCGGACUCAUAUCAUUCUGUAGACCUUCCUUUGAAAGAGAGCAGAGGGCGGGGAGCCCAGUUGGCACAGACUUUGGUUUAGGGCUUCCGACUACGGAGCCGGACCCUGGGACCCAGUCUGGGACCGAAUUAUGGGGGCGGGCGGACCAGGUGCUUCUUCCCGGUAGGAAAACCAACCCGCCAGCCCCACGCACCCCCCAACUUCCCGAGCCAGGGCAUCGGUCUGAUCCUGCCCGGAUCCCGAAAACACGGAGGGGCGCGGUGCAGCCCGCAGCUGUGGCGCGGGGACAGCCAGGGCAUGGGCCACGACAGCUGGAUGUCCGGCUUCCCGCCGCUGCCCGAUUCCUGCGGGCGACUCCACUCCGGGAACGCGGGAGGGGGAAGCUCGCGCCAGGCGGACGCGGGACAGCACCCCUGCGCGAAGCCGCGAGUCGGCCAGUCCCGACCUGCGGAGCAACUGCCGCAGCUUCCGGUUCCGUUGACAGCGGCGCCGGAAACGAGGGUGGGGCGGUGGGGCCAGGUGUGAGCCACGGCUUCCGGCCAGGAGGUGCGAGUGGAGGACGAGCCGUCGGCCCGGGAACGGGAGCCCCUCAGACUCGUAAGACCCUCGAAGAAGCGCUCCUGCCGGGGGAAUCGCCCCGACAUCCCAUCGUAUUGUGAGCCGGCUGGGUCGGAGCCCUCCAGGGGACCUCACUCUCAGCCACCCUCUCCUCGGUGAUGUCCCAGUGUUGCCAGAAGAUCAGAGAUGCCGUGCAGAAACUGGCUUCUGACCACAAGGACAUUCACGGCAGUGUCUCCCGAGUGGGCAAAGCCAUUGACAGGAACUUUGACUCUGAGAUUUGCGGUGUGGUCUCGGACGCAGUGUGGGACUCGCAGGAGAAGCAGCAGCAGACCCUGCAGCUGGCCAUUGUGGAGCACCUGUACCAGCAGGGCAUGCUCAGUGUGGCCGAGGAGCUGUGCCAGGAAUCUACGCUGAACGUGGACUUGGAUUUCAAGCAGCCUUUCCUGGAGUUGAAUCGAAUCCUAGAAGCCCUGCACAGACAUGACCUGGGGCCGGCCUUGGAAUGGGCCGUCUCCCACAGGCAGCCUCUGCUCGAGCUCAACAGCUCCCUGGAGUUCAAGCUGCACCGACUGCACUUUAUUCACCUCCUGGCCGGGGGCCCUGACAAGCAGCUGGAGGCCCUCAGCUAUGCCAGGCACUUCCAGCCCUUUGCUCGGCUGCACCAGCGAGACAUCCAGGUGAUGAUGGGCAGUCUGGUGUACCUGCGGCUAGGCUUGGAGAAGUCGCCCUACUGCCACCUCCUGGACAACAGCCACUGGGCUGAGAUCUGUGAGACCUUUACCCGCGAUGCUUGUUCCCUGCUGGGGCUUUCUGUGGAGUCGCCCCUCAGUGUCAGCUUUGCCUCUGGCUGUGUGGCGCUGCCCAUGCUGAUGAACAUCAAAGCUGUGAUUGAGCAGAGGCAGUGCACAGGGGUCUGGAGCCACAAGGAUGAGCUACCGAUUGAGAUUGAACUUGGCAUGAAGUGCUGGUUCCACUCGGUGUUCGCCUGCCCCAUCCUACGCCAGCAGACGUCGGAGUCCAACCCCCCCAUCAAGCUCCUCUGUGGCCAUGUCAUCUCACAAGAUGCACUUAACAAGCUCGUUAAUGGAGGAAAGCUGAAGUGUCCCUACUGCCCUGUGGAGCAGAACCCAGCUGAUGGGAAACGCAUCAUAUUUUGACUCCUGCCUAGAAGGAACUUGGUUUAAACAAGUUUUUCACCCGUGAGCCUUGCUGCCUCAUGGGAUGGUUGGCUUCAGUGGAUGGUGGUUCAUUUCAGAGCAGCUAGCUGGCUGAGUGCCACCACAACAGGGGCCAAGAGGGAGGCGAACCAGCCUGCACUGGACAGUUGGCUGCUGGACUGUCCCAACAGGGAAAGACUGGCUUCUAGAUCCCAUUGUCUCCCUGCUUCUGUUGCCACUGACUUGGUAGCAACUGACAGAGGAGCGGAGGACUUGGGCGGCGGCGGCAAGUCUUCCAUCCCUGCCCUCUACCAGGUCUCCUCCCGCUGCACAGCCUCACCACUGUGUUUAUCGCCCACUGUAAAUACCCCGGGUUAGAACUGAGUGCCAUUGCUUUGUAACUUUGAGCAAAUAUAUUCACAGGCCUACUCCUUC